AUGGGCGGUUGGUGGGAUUGGUACGGGCGGAAGAUGUGGCCGCCCUACUACAAGUACUCGGUUUUCGUCUUUGUCGGCUUCGAAUUCGUCUAUUCGGCUUUUAUUCUGGCCAUUUCUGAGGCUUACUACAAGUCGGCUGCCAUGAUUCUUCCUAUUGCUUACAGGUUGGUGGGAAUUCUCUUUGUUUGAUGAUUUUUGAUGAUCCAAGGUGUUCGAAAAAUAAAGGAAUGAAAAAAAAGACAGUGAAAAAAGAUAGUACUCAUAGUUUAUUCACAGUUCAAUCAUGAAUGAACGGAAUUUUUGGCUUUGAGACCCCUCAAAACCUAAAAAAAAAUACGUUUUUUGAAGUUUUUUGAGUUUUCGCAUUUUCUCUGAAACCUCGGAAAUUAUUUAAAACUCCGUAUAGAUGGAAAAAAAAAUGUUUGUCGGUUUCUAAGAAGUCACUUAAGAGUUCAGGAGUUUUUCAUAUUGCAGCUAUACCUCUGUCAACUCAUAGGUGUUAAAAAAAAAAGAAAAAAAGAUGAUUAAAAAAAAUUUUUUUUGAUACUGUUCAUUGAAAAUAUAACGAAAUCGAAAAGUUUAUCAAUUUCUUUUGCUUUUUUGUCCCCCUCAUUCGGUUCAAAUUUACAGCAUUUUCUCUUAUUAUUUUCGAUUAUCUUGCGCGAAAACCGUUUCAGGUCGGAUGCGCUUGAAACCGAGUUUUUCGAUAAGCUGAAUCCUCAAAAAAAAAAUCGCUAGAUCUGGUAAAUUUUGAACUUUAAAUGAUUAUUUCUUUUAAAGAGAGGUUUUAUUUUCUUAACUUUUUCAAACUCAGUUUUUUUCAUUUCUAGUAUAGAAAUAUGAAGAUCUUUAUUACAGAAUGUUUGACGAUACGGUCCGGAAAAACAAGUCAAACUUUGACUGGACCACCGCCGAGCGGGAUAUUUUAGAAGGGGUCCGUUUCUUCUUCUUCUCCUCUUUGAAUGUUUCAUCAUUUUCAGUACAAAAACCACAUGUUGUUGCUGUGGAUCGUAUCAACAGUAGGCGUUUUGUUGUGUAUGGUCGUGAUAAUUCCCCAAUUUUUCGAUUUUAAUGAUCGAAGAGGGAAUCCAAGUCAUUUGGUGAGUCUUUUUCUCAAUUUUGAGGGAGUAUAUUAAGUCAAAUCGGUCAAAAAGCAAUCAGAAUCAAAGAAAUUUCGAAAAGAAGAGUUGUGGCUCAAGUUUGGAACCUUAGAAGAUAUCAAAAAAAAAGUACCAAUGGUUUUCAUAGAAACCUGUUUCGAUCAUAUAUUGGCAAGUAUAAAACCCAAUUAGCCCAGUGGUAAGGUUGACCUACGAAAAUUUUAAAAAACAGCAAAUAAAGUUGAGUGCUCGGGCAACAAUAAAAAGAAGUUUUGACCUGAAAAUAUAGGGAAAUAUGAGUUUAUUUUGAUUUGAUAUGGUUUUUGAGGAACGGCUGGCCUUUAAAAGGUUCCUACCUUGCCUUUUUAUGAGCGAAUUUCCAAAAAAUGCUUAGUGGCAGCUCGGACGGAAGUUUGCCUUGAAAUCUAGGUUACUCGGACCUUGGUAACUCGAACCGGACGUUUCUGAGUCUAGGGACCACUUUUGCGGCGUCAGCACUCUUAAGGGAUCCCUAGAAUUGCUCACAAACGUUCGGUUCGCGUCACCAAGAUCCGUAGCUUCGCUUCCUUCAAUUUCCGUUGAAAGUAUUUCCGAAAAUUGUUCAGUGUCUGGUCCGACGGAAGCUGGCCUGGGUGAUGUUCUUCGUGGUGGCCGCCUACGUGGCGGUCCUCGGAAUCGCCGUCUUCCUGGCGUGGCUCGACGGCGGCGCCGCGUCCAGACACUUCCACUCGCACUUCGACGCCGCCGAGAAGGAGGAGACCUUCAUCGGCGAACUCGAAGCCGCUUUCGGCUGCGAGACUGACGACGACCUGGAGGUGGCCCCCGAGCAUGUGAGCAUGGAGUGGAGCACUCUUUCUUUUCUCCUUCUUCGGUCCUUCCAGCUGCAAGUUGUGUGGGAGUGACAGAUGUUUCAUGAAUGACUUAAUAACUGAUUUAGACUAUUCUAACUUUGAGUUGGGGGCGUUGAAGUUUUUUUGGACGAAGUAUAACAGGAAAAAAAGUUUUUUUAGCCUUGAGAAUAUGCUCCUUUAAAAAGCCAGCGAAUAACUCCAAAAAAGUCAAUUUGAGAUGCAGAUGUUUCAAAUAUGAGGUAUUCAAAAAGUUCCUGCGAAACAAAAAGAAAAUUGUAAAGAAGUUUGAAAAAACUUAUUUUUCUAUCAUUUUUCCGAGUUUUUCACUUAAUUUUCUUUAAAAGAUAGUUUCGAAUCAAGUCCAUUUUUUUCAAUUUAAAAAACUUGAAAAAGGAGCUUCAAUUUUUAUUUUUUUAAGCCUCAAAUUUUUUCAAAGAGCUAGAUCAAAAAGUUCAGAGAAGACGUUAGACCUGCUUUUUAAAGGCAUAGGGGCAGUAAAAAAUGGGGUUCCAGGUGAAAGCAGUAUCUUAUAUAGUUUUUCUUUGCGAAUCGAAUGGUGUACUCAAAAAAAUUACAGAUGUGACAACUUUAGAAGAAAAACGCGAUUUUACUUUCCCGCCUUUAAUUUUGAAAAAAGCUUUGGAUCGGUAUGCAGACAACUGUUUACAGUAGCCGUGCACGCGAUGUUGCGGACGUCUCAUUAGACUCGCAUUUUGGGAGAAAUAACCGGCUAUCUGCUUUAAAUUAAGGGUUUCUUCUCUGAAAAAUCGAUUAAGAAAACAGAAAAUACACAUUGAUAAUAAAGAAAACACAAACAAUCGCUAUCCCAACCGAAACCUGUGUGAAAUCAUAAUUUUUCACCAGAAAAGCUUUUUUGCAAUCAAAGUUUGCAAAUUAUACACGAAUAGAAAGCUUUUGUGACGAAAAGAACUUUGGUGACAACAGAAAAAAUUGAAAAAUGAAAGAAACGAAGAAAAAAGCGAAAAUCCGGAAGAUGGCGAAGCGUGUUGUCCAUAGAGCAACUUUACUGCAAAACACCUCAAGCUUUCCUCUCUCCGACUUUGAAUUAUUUUUUCUCCGAAACUAGGAACUUCUGUACAUUUCCAAGUUCACCGUUCGAUUCGCAAUGAAAAACUCUACAAAAUAUUGCUUUGAACUGAAACACCGUUUUUUACUGCCCCUAUGCCUUUAAGCAAAAUCUAGUCAGCCUUCUUAUAUGGAUUUUUGAAGAACUCAUGAAACUUUUGACUGGAGGUUGGAAAAUUUCAAGGUUUUGUUCAUUUGAGAAAAAAUUUUGAUUUCUUCGAAAAAGUACCGAAUAGAAGAACUGUCCUUUUCAAACUUCCACGUUUUUUUUCAAGAAUAAUUUUGUAUCAGAAAUCUGUCUUUUUUCAGCUCAUCCGAUUUUAUUUUUGUACUCAUAGGUUUUUUGAAAAUAGGUACAAAAAAUACAAUAAGUUCCAAAAAACCCGUCACUCCACUACAACUUCAGCCUCUGACCUCGGCUUUUGUGGUGUGUUGACCCUUUUCCUGGCAUGAAAUGGUCGAUUAAAACCCGUCGGGUUCUUAUCACAUAAUCGGUCAGAUUGUUCUCCACACAACGAUUUGAUUUGUUUUCCGUGAAAAAAGGAAUAAUCGGCUCAAAAAGUUCUCCUAAUCCCCCCUUUUUCCCUACUUUUUGCAUGAUACGAUUUGGUGUUAGUGGUGUGUCGAUUGUCGAUUUGACGGAAAAAAUGAGAAUAGGUGUCAAAGUGGGGCACAUCCACAGGCCGGUGCGGCUUUUCCCCCAACAAUCCGGUUUCUCGCUUCAGAUGUGCUACGAAAAGGUCAAUCAGUCGUUUAUCACAAGUCUGUGGCUUAAUCUCCUGAUGCUUGUCUACAUCGCCGGUCAUCUUAUCGCCUUCCUCGCCGUGCCUUUCUUCAAUCGACGUUUGUUUUCUUUUUCCCAGGAGAAGAAUGAUUUUUUAAAAAUUCAACUAUAGCCCAUUAAAAAAAGUGGGCUAAAGAGCAAAGCCUGAAGAGACAGCAGAGAAAGAGAGAAAUCUCUGCUUCUCUAGAGUCUCUUCUGCACGCUCUCUUACACACCGUUAUCUCGAGCUUUUUUACAAUGCUAUAGUCUGUGUGCCACGAUUUGGAAUUUCACCGAACGACAUUCCACUGUUCCGCUGCAUGUGUUCGCGAAGCGUCUUCCGAAUCCAGGUCACGCUUUGAAUUAAUUGCUGUGGUAGCACAUGAAAGUAGAGUACCUUAAUGAAAGAAAAAAAAAAUUGAAAGCGAGACCGAGGUUCGAAAGGCGCGCAGCGGCACAUCGGAAUGUCGUUCGGUGAAAUUUCAAGUCGUGGUACACAGGAUGUAUCUUGAAACAUUUUUCAAGGACUUUUAAAUUUAAUUGACUACAUGAAGCUUGAAAAAUUUGGAAAAUAUUCUUGUGUUGUGCUUUGAAACUAAAAUACUGACAUUUUUCGAAAAAAAAAAAGACAGAAAAAAAAGCGGGAGAGAGAUAUAGCGUUGAUAAGAGAGACACCAGAGAAAGAGAUGAAUCUCUGCUUCACUAGAGUCUCUUCCGCACGCGCUCUUACUCACCGUUGUCUUGAGCUCGUUUAAUGAAAGAAUUUAUAAAGGAUUUUGGAAUUUUAUCGACUCGGAAAAUUUUUAAAAUGUUCGAGGUUUGAACCGUUAAAGAGAAAAAAGCUCGUUUUCAUGGAAAAAAUCGAAAGAGAAAAAUAGCGUUGGUUCGAAGAGACGACAAAGAAAGAUGGAAAUUUUCGCCAAUAUAGAAUCAAAGAAACUGAAUAUUGCCUUGAAUAAGAAAAAAAUCCUAACAAUAAACUUUUAAAAAAUAUUUAAAAAUGUGAAUAUUCAAAUUUUCAGAACUAGUAAAAGACGACGAUGAGCUGUUAGAAGUAGAUGGAAAGCUUCUGGACGCUUAA